AUGUCGAACAAGCUUGCAGAUGAGAUUUCUUCUGCAGAGCUGGACGCGCUCAUGAAGAACGCCAUUUCAGUAGUGGAAUCCAAUUUUGAUGAGAGCCACCUACCCGCAGCCAUACGCGACUUCGUUCAACCGAUUUCCACUGCAACAUGUCAGGGAACAUACGUCACGACUAUGAUGCUCUGUGGGGCAAUGCCGUGCUUAACAAACGGAGCUGCAAUUCGUCUGUGGACGCAGAAAGCCUCACCGUUGGCCCUUUUGGUGUUUCACAUAGCACCACCCCAACGGGGCAAAUCUAGAUUGUUCCAAACAUGUGAGGUGUUGAUGGAAGUCUGCGACGACAUUGUUGAGCAGAUGGCACAUGAGCAUGCGCGUGCGCUUCAGCCAGAGGGUGCAGAUGAAUUGCCGGUGCAAGUCAAAUCGAUGGCUAUUCAGUCGCGCACAGCCACCGAAAUGUUCUUUCGGUGCAGCUGUGACUACCCACAGGUGCAGGCCGGGCAUGGCCUCAAUCAGAAGGGCGUAGGCGCUUCAAAGCGCGACGUCCAGACCACUAGAUUGUGGUGGGGCCAAUGCAUAAAUUGCGACGAAGCUUACGAAUUUUGGGAUCUCUUUGGAUUAACCGGCGACAAGACUUCUGGUGUGAAUCCCCAUGCCUCCAUGCUGAACACAUUGAUCAACCAGGGUCGGACUAAGCGCGCCACACGCACAUCCACCAACUACGGCGAAGGUGUUCGAGCAAAGCCAAUUUCUCUAAGUGUCUUGGGAAAUGGGCAUCCCAAGAGGGUGGUGGCUAUGGAACGUGGGCUCAUCGGAAAUCACACAGUGGCGUGCAAAGAGAGGUUCUUGCUGGUUACAGACCACUCUGUUGCACGCCAUGACAAAUUGCCUCCUCACAUUACGUCCAGCAGCGGAAGUCGGUACACUUGGCUUCCGCUCACUCCCUUGCAGGCCAAGGUGUUUCAGUGGCAAGACUUGCUGAACAACCCGGCAUACUUCAAGCAAGCCGGUAGCCUCCAGGUGACUGAGGAUGAUGAUGUGGAAGACAUUGACCAGCCGGGUCUUGAAACAGAGGGCCCGCCACAUGGUUUUCCGGUGGUUUUGCCAGAUGGGGUGCCAUCCCGUGUGCGCUAUGUGCGUCAACCAGGACAGGCUCUGGUCACAGAAUUUCGUAUCUCCAGCAGAUGGACUCUGGCAGAUCCUACUGAUCACAUCAAGGAAGGCGCGAAGCGUGUUUGUCAGCAUUCGCAGCCGUCCACAUUCCGUCUUGGAAAUGGAAUCUGA